AUGGAUAUGAAGGUUCCUAAAAAAUACUAUGUAAAUCUACAUCUUAACCCGCGGAGAAAAAACAGGCCAUUCUCAUUGUAUGUCAGAGACUUCAUUGUUUUUAUUUCUCUAGUUUCACAAUGCCUUGGAGAACCUAUAGACUCUACGACUGAGUUUUCUGUAGUAAGUAAGACAUCGAGCGUAACGAGUCGAAGCAACAAAACAAUUCACUUGCCAUUGCUGCCUCCACUACGGAAUAGUUCACCUACAAUUGCACCUCCUAAACUGGCAAAAAGAGCUGGACUUUUAUCAGAAUCGAAACAUAAGGAAGAUCAUAUUACUGAUUCCACAGGAUAUGUACCCAUUACUUCAUAUAGACCUUCAAGAACACAUCUAUCUCCUCGAGAGCAUUUUCCACCAAAUUCCAUUGCACAUAAAAGUGCAUAUCACACAGCAAUUUAUGACAGUGAAAAUUGGAAGCCCGAUAACUGGGAAUUGGAUUAUACUAAAAAGCAUUUAAGAUUUAAUAGCACUCGAGUACAACAUAUUGAAGCUGAAUGCCAAGAUGAUUACAUGAAAAUUAGAAUAGGUUUCAAUGGAUCUUUUAAUGGUCUUGUUUACUCAGCAGGAUACGCGUAUGAUCCAGAUUGUAUGUACAUCAAUGGAACAGGAAGCGACUAUUUCGAAUUCUAUAUACAAUUAAAUAGGUGCGGGACGCUUGGUAAAAAUGCGCUGCACGAUGAAAAAAGAAAGAAUCCCACGAAUUUCAUGUGGAAUACUGUUAGUGUACAAUAUAAUCCUCUGAUCGAGGAAGAAUUUGAUGAACAUUUUAAGGUCACUUGUGAAUAUGGCUAUGAUUUUUGGAAGACAGUUACAUUUCCUUUUCUUGAUGUGGAGGUGGCAACUGGAAAUCCUGUCGUCUUUACACUAAGUCCUCCUGAGUGUUUUAUGGAAAUUCAAAAUGGAUACGGAAUAGGUGGAUCACGUGUGACAGGGCCUGUUCGUGUUGGAGAUCCAUUGACACUUAUAAUUUACAUGCGAAGCAAAUAUGAGGGAUUCGAUAUUGUUGUAAAUGAUUGUUAUGCUCAUAACGGAGCAAAUAAGCGUAUUCAACUCAUAGAUGAAUAUGGAUGUCCUGUUAAUGAGAAGCUUAUUUCAAGAUUUCGAGGAUCUUGGUCAGAUGGAGGUAUAUAUGAGACACAAGUGUAUGCUUACAUGAAGACUUUCCGAUUUACGGGUUCACCAGCUCUAUACAUAGAAUGUGAUGUCCGGAUGUGUCAUGGAAGAUGUCCAAGCCAACCGUGUCACUGGAGAAACUUAAAGGCUAUUUCAAAGCGUGACGUCUUGAAUUCAACUCCAAAACCAAACACAAAUAAUUCCCUAUCUGAAAAUAUAAAUUUAUUUCAAUCUUUAAGAGUUUUACAAGAAGAAGAAGAAGAUGCAGAAAGUAACGGAGAGACCGCCGCCGAUUACAUCAAAUUAUAUUCAAAAAGAAAAACUCCAGAAAUUUGUAUAACAACUUCAAUGUUUUCAUCGGUUGCAGCAGCUGUAUCAUUGUUAAUAUGCAUAUUAUCAGCACUUGUAAUGGUUACUUGCUUAAAAAUUAAAAAUAUCGCCACCCAAACAGCUGGAUAUGAGUCCUAUGUUACACAUAAGGGACAAAUUUCAUAGAACAAUAGUUGUUUUUUUUUUUAAAAUUGUAAAUUAUGAGUGUUAGCCCGCCAUUUUUGUUUUUAAACAUUUAAACAUAUAUCUUUGGGCAAAGAAAUAGCACAGUUAUAAAUUUCCUUAUAAGAAUUAAUUUUGUUGGCUUCGGAACUUCAAUAACUUAUUUCAAUUGUUAAGAAAAAAAUACAUUGCAGUGAUAAAAAGAUUUUUUAGAGGCAAAGAAAUACAACUCGUACCUACAAUCGUAAAAAAGAAAACAAGCUCUACGCAAAGAAUUUUCAAAAUUUUGUAAUUUUAGCAAUAACAAGUACUUUCUUAGCUCUUUAAAGUUAGCUUGUCAGCCGCUUAGUAAACUUUCAACUAACGCUUGAUAUCUACUUUGUGGGAUAGAGUACCAAAUUUCCAGCUCAAAGAUCUUUUGAAUUGUCUUUCCAACCUUAGGUUAAAAUCCUUUUCAUAAGGGUUUGUGUCCAGCAGUGAAAGAUUAAAAAAUAUUUGAAUAUUGUAAAAAACUACUUGUUACGCUCUUAAGUCUUCAUUAGUUAAUCUAGAGAGAAGAAGCAAAUGCUCAUGAUAGUGUGCAUUUGUGUAUAGUGUGCUAUUUCUUUGUCGAUAGCUGUGUGUACCUAAAAAAGAAAUCAACAAAAUGAGUAUGAAUUAUUAGUUUAAAAUACAAAUUGCACUCGUUACCUAGAAAAAUUCGAUUUUAUUAACCCUAGAAAAAUAACCAUAUUUCAUAGACCAUAAGUGAUACACAUGAUUUAUACGUCAAUUCGAGGUAGGUUAUCUUUCUAGGGUUAAAACAAACUCCCACCAAUUAGAGAAGCCAACUUCACAUCCAAUUGUAAACCACACUGAUGAAAAGGUAACUUGAUUUAUCUACAUUAUAUUCGUAACUGAAUUUAUUCUGUCUUUAAAUCAACAAAGAAAAAAAUUAUAAUUUAAGAACAAGGUUAACUUUUAUUAAAAUAUUUUUCACUUUACAUUAAGUAAUUUAUUAACUGUGUCAAUUUUUAUGUGUUAGAACAUAAAUAUUUUAUUUAUAUCUUGAACUUUGAAGUCUUGGUUUAUUUUACCACAUCUAUACAUACUUUGAAGUAUUUUAAUCUUUACAUAGUUUUAUUUUUAUGUUUUUAUUGUUGGAUACUUUGUUUUCUAUUUUAAAUAAUAAUAAUAAUAAUAAAAAAAUUAUUACAAAGAAUAAGUGUUUUUUAAUAACUUUCUUGCAAUCAUACAUAAAUAGUUCAAAACCACAGUGAAAUUAAUAUUAGGCAAUUAAAUCAUACAUUUUGUAAUAGUUUAUCAUCAGUGUUGUGUUGUGUAUCAACACAAUAUAAAAUAAUUUGUUUAUAAAUAAAAGGACUUGUAUAAUAUAUAUAUUAAUAUAAUGUAUAAUUCUACAAUGUGUAUAAUGGUUUUAUUAAUACGAUUAAAAUAAUUA